AUGUCAGCCCAAAUUAUGAAGGACAAUAGUGAUUCUGUUAACUCUGAAGAAGACUUUGAAGAAAUGUAUCCAUAUUUUGAUGAAGAGCUUGAAAAUAAUAGUGAAUCUUUAUUUCAAUUACUGAAUGAUAAUAUGAAAAUUUAUAAGGACAAAAGGCUAUUAUUAACCUAUCAUGGAAAUUUAAAAAGCACACAAAAAAGAAGAAAAGCAUCAACAAAAGAAAAUAUCAAUAAAAAUGAAAAAAAUUCUCAUGAAGAAAUGACUCAAAAUAAUGACUCACAAAGUUCAGAAACAGUUAAUAAUGAAUUAGGAAUAGUUGACAAUUUCCAAAAAAAAUUAAGUAUAAAUUAUGAUGAUUUGAUCAAAGAUAUUGAAAUCAAUCAUCUGAUGUUGCAAAAGGCAGCAGAUUUAGUUUCAGAAAUCUUAAAUAAAGGUCCAUGGUUUUCAAAAUGUAUAAGUUGGGGAAAAUCAUUUAUAAAAUAUGGUGAUGUUUCAUAUAAAAAAAGAGGUGAAAAUUUAAGAGGAUGCAUUAUUGAUGAUGAAGAUGUUCAGGAUACAUUAGCUUUCAAGAGAUUUGAAUCUUUGGCAACUACUCCAACGUACACAGGUGCAGUCGUUUUAAAAGAUGAUGUUGAUAACUCUUUACUCACUAUUCAAGUGUAUCAAAGCCAACGAGAUUUGACUCGUAAAAUCAAAAGAAAAAUUGUUAAACAACUGAUUGUUUCUUUACAGUCAGAAGAAAAUCAAAUAAAAGUUUUGACAUCAUCAUAUUUUCCAAUAGAUUUGGAAAAUGUGACGUUACAAGCUUUAUCACCAAAUGGUGAAAAAUUAUUAAUAUUAAGAGUUGUUAAUGAUAAUAAGGAUAAAAAAAGAUAUGUCGAGACUUGGGUUCGUGGAUCAUUAAAACAUAUUAUUGAUGUUACUGAUAUUCAUGAAACAUUUGGGACUUUGGAUUGGUCUAAGGAUGGAAAAAAGGCUGUAUACAUUGCUGAGCGUAAAGCUCUUGAUGUAGAUGUAAUAAAUAAUAAGGUUCAGGCUUUGCCUUCAUUUGAGAAUAUUGCACCUGGACAGGUCAUAUUUGGACCAGAUAGUAAAAACCUAAUUUUUGCAGGAUAUCUCACAGAAUCACGAAAAUUUGGUAUUUAUGCUUGUAUUAACAGAAGAUCAGGAAUUUAUCAAGUUCAAUUAGAUGGAUCAAACUUAGAAUAUUUAAGCAAUAAAGUAGAACAUGCUCGAUCUCCAAGACUUAAUCUAAACCAAGGAACUCUGGUAUACCUGUCAAAUCCAGCAGGUGGACCACACAGUUGUUGUUCAGAACUUCGAAAGUCUAUAAUAGUUCCAAUUGUUCAUUGUCCAUCAGAAAAUUUCUAUGAUUAUUUUCCAGGAAUUUAUGUUGAUAAAUUACCCCAAAAAUCAUUUAUAAAACUAAAUGAUAAUGAUGAUGAAUAUGUAAUUUUUAAUAGUUAUUGGAGAAGCAGGCGAGUUAUUCUAGCAAUUAAUUCAAUCAACGGUAAAAUACAAAAUCUUACACCAUCCGGAAGUUGGAAUUUGCUUCUAGCAGAAAAUAAUUAUAUUAUUGCAACGAGUAGUUUACCCAAUGAAUUUCCUAAAUUAUAUAUUGGCAUUAUAAUUGAAAAACAUGAAGGUUUAAAGGUAGAUUGGACUUUUAUAGAUCAGCCGAAUUUGGAAGAAGUUGAGCCGAUUUUAUCUAAUAUCAGCUGGUCAAUAAUUCAACCUGAUGAAACUAACCCUAACCUGGAGUUAAUUUACCUAAAGCCAAAAAAUGUUACGAAUGAUAAAAUACCUUUAAUAGUUAUUCCACAUGGUGGACCACAUUCCGUUUCAGUUCUAGGUGUUGAUUUAUAUAAUACAAUAUUAGUUUCAUUAGGAUAUGCUGUUAUAAAAGGAUUUGGGCAAGAUUCUAUUGAUGCCCUUAUUGGAAAAAUUGGUGAUGUUGAAGUAGAAGAAGUUCAGUUAUCUACAAAAUAUAUAAUUGAAAAAGAAAAUUUAGAUGAAAAAAAUGUUGUUAUUAUGGGUGGUAGCCAUGGAGGAUUUAUCUCGGCUCAUUUAAUUGGCAAAUAUCCAGAUUUUUAUAAGGUCUGCAUAAUGAUGAAUCCAGUAUUGAAUAUUGGAGGAAUGACUCCAAUUACUGAUAUUCCAGAUUGGUGUUUUUCCGAAUGUGGAAUUGAAUAUUCGUUAAAAAGACCAUCAAUAAUGAAACCAAAAGAUUAUUCACAAAUGUUUAAUAAUUCACCAAUCAAGAAUAUCGAUGAAGUAAAAACACCCACAUUAUUAAUGUUGGGACAAGAAGAUAAAAGAGUUCCACAUUAUAAUGGAUUAAAUUGGUGGUAUUACCUUAAGGGUAAAGGUGAUGUAGAUAUUCAGUGUAAAAUGGACAAUAGUGAUUCUGCUAAUUCUGAAGAAGACUUUGAAGAAAUGUAUCCAUAUUUUGAUGAAGAGCUUGAAAAUAAUAGUGAAUCUUUAUUUCAAUUACUGAAUGAUAAUAUGAAAAUUUAUAAGGACAAAAGGCUAUUAUUAACCUAUCAUGGAAAUUUAAAAAGCACACAAAAAAGAAGAAAAGCAUCAACAAAAGAAAAUAUCAAUAAAAAUGAAAAAAAUUCUCAUGAAGAAAUGACUCAAAAUAAUGACUCACAAAGUUCAGAAACAGUUAAUAAUGAAUUAGGAAUAGUUGACAAUUUCCAAAAAAAAUUAAGUAUAAAUUAUGAUGAUUUGAUCAAAGAUAUUGAAAUCAAUCAUCUGAUGUUGCAAAAGGCAGCAGAUUUAGUUUCAGAAAUCUUAAAUAAAGGUCCAUGGUUUUCAAAAUGUAUAAGUUGGGGAAAAUCAUUUAUAAAAUAUGGUGAUGUUUCAUAUAAAAAAAGAGGUGAAAAUUUAAGAGGAUGCAUUAUUGAUGAUGAAGAUGUUCAGGUUAAAAUAUUAUCUUUUUUAAGAAAAGAAAAAUUUAAUGUGUCAGUUAAUUUCAAAGAAUUUAUUGCUAAAGAUAUAUUUCCUAUUAUAGGGGUUGAAAAUGAGAUGACAAUCAGGAGAGAAAACAAUUAA